UAUUCUUAUUCUGUUCCCAUUUGUGAAAAAACACAGAAAAAGCUAAACAUAUUUCGAAGAAGAGUAAAAUGGCGACGACGUUGAUGCGAUCUGGUUUUAUUCGCAACGUCCUCCGACGAGGAGGCUCCGGUGCCUCUCCUGCUCCCAAGCGAAACUUUUCUUCCUCCUCUGGUCAUCACGAUGAUGCAUAUGAAACGGCCAAAUGGGAGAAGAUUACAUAUCUAGGCAUUGUUUCAUGCACUGGUUUAGCCGUUUAUAUUCUAUCAAAGGGACACCACCACUAUGAUGAACCUCCUGCAUACCCAUAUUUGCAUAUCCGCAAUAAGGAAUUCCCAUGGGGUCCUGAUGGGCUAUUUGAAAUCAAGGAAGAGCACCACUAGGAAUAUUAGUGGUUUAAUGAAGGUGGUUUGUGGGCACUAAUGUCUUCCUUUGGCUGUAGCCUUAGAAACAAUGAUUGUUACAGUUUCAUAUUGUUCAUUGAAUUGUGAUUUAGAACUUGCACUUGGCAUGAUAUUUUUCAUGUUCUUCUUUCUCAUGGUUGAAGCAAAAUAAAAUUGCCCAACAAUAUGAUGUGUAUUUUUAUUUCAAGUCUUGUUUAGUUGUUUCAGUUUUGGCAAAUAAUAAUCGAGAAUAUGACAA